UGGAGCGCACCGGCCGGCCUUUCCCUCCCCCGCCCCGCCCCCUUCGCCGUGGAGGAGGAGGAGGCGCCGCUGCCGAGCCCCGAAGCCGCGCCGGGCGAGCCUUUCUCUCCUCGGGAAGGCAGGCGGAGGAUGGCGGCGUCGGUGCCGAUGCCCGGGCUGCCGUCUGCGGGGCUUCCUCUCGGCUCGGCCCGUCUGUGACCGGUGUGAAGUAAACAUGGUGCAAAAAUAUCAGUCCCCUGUUAGAGUCUACAAAUACCCCUUUGAGCUCGUCAUGGCGGCGUAUGAAAAGCGCUUCCCCACCUGUCCAGAGAUCCCUGUUUUUUUGGGCAGUGAGAUCCUUCGUGAGUCCAAGAGUGACGAUGGGGCGAUCCAUAUCACAGAACGAAGUUGUAAACUGAAUGUAGAUGCACCUCGGUUGCUGAAGAAGAUUGCUGGAGUAGAGUAUGUCUUUUUCAUCCAGAAAAACACAGUGAACUGGAGGGAGCGAACUCUUCUUAUUGAAGCUCAUAAUGAGACCUUUGCCAAUCGUGUCACUGUUCUGGAGACGUGCAACUACUCAGUUCACCCUGAGAAUGAAGACUGGACGUGCUUUGAACAGUCUGCCUCUCUUGACAUCAAGUCUUUCUUUGGCUUUGAAAACACGGUGGAGAAAAUUGCCAUGAAGCAAUACACAGCCAACAUCAAGCGGGGCAAAGAAGUCAUAGAACAUUAUCUGAAGGAACUGAUUUCCCAAGGUAUCACUUUUGUCCCCCGGUGGACUCUCCUGGCAGUCAGUGGAAAUGUAGAUACAAGGAUUCCAUCAGGCUGUGAGAGUGACGCUGCACCCGCAGAAUCCCACGCGCACCGAAGUGACAAAGAGCCGAGUGGUAACAGCUGCUCUUCCGUGGAAGCCUCAACCCCUGAUGCUGAUAAACUGGAUGCGGAUUACAUAGAAAGGUACCUGGGGCAGUUGACUCCCAUGCAGGAAAGCUGCCUGAUCAGACUUCGCCAGUGGCUGCAGGAAACACACAAAGGCAAGAUUCCCAAAGAUGAACAUAUCCUCCGUUUUUUGAGGGCUCGUGAUUUCAACAUUGACAAGGCACGGGAGAUGCUCUGCCAGUCACUGACAUGGCGCAAGCAGUAUCAAGUGGAUUAUAUCCUGCAAACCUGGAGACCACCCUCUCUUCUGGAAGAGUAUUAUACUGGUGGCUGGCAUUACCAGGAUAAAGAUGGACGGCCCCUCUACAUACUGCGCCUUGGUCAGAUGGAUACCAAAGGUCUUGUGAAGGCCCUGGGUGAGGAGUCCCUUCUCCGUCAUGUGCUGUCAAUUAACGAGGAGGGACAGAAGAGAUGUGAGGAAAACACCAACCUCUCUGGGUGCCCGAUCACUUCUUGGACCUGCCUAGUUGACCUUGAAGGGCUGAACAUGCGUCACCUCUGGAGGCCUGGAGUAAAAGCUCUCUUGAGGAUUAUUGAGGUUGUGGAGGACAACUACCCAGAGACUCUGGGAAGGCUCCUGAUUGUGCGGGCACCCAGAGUAUUCCCUGUUCUGUGGACUCUGGUGAGUCCUUUCAUCAAUGAGAACACCAGGCAGAAGUUCCUCAUUUACAGUGGCAACAAUUAUCAAGGUCCUGGAGGGCUUGUGGACUACCUAGACAAGGAUGUGAUCCCAGACUUCCUUGGGGGAGAAUGUGUGUGUAAUGUGCCUGAAGGUGGUCUUGUCCCCAAAUCCUUGUAUCAAACCGAUGAAGAGCCUGAAAUCUCUGACUCGAUUCGCCUCUGGACAGAAACCAUCUAUCACUCUGCAAAUAUCUUCAAAGGUGCUCCCCAUGAGAUAGUUGUGGAGAUUUUGGAAGGUGAAUCGGUGAUCACCUGGGACUUUGACAUCCUGAAGGGAGAUGUGGUGUUCAGCCUUUUCCACUCCAAGCGGGCACCCGAGACAGUCCGCAAGGAGCCCCCAGUGCCAAAUGCUUUGACUGGCGGAGAUAACAUACAGCUGAUCGGCAAGAGCUGGGUCCUGGGGGUGGACUACAGCCGUGUGGAGUCACCGCUGGUUUGCCGGGAAGGCGAGAGCAUCCAGGGCUCCCACGUGACUCGCUGGCCUGGCUUCUAUAUCCUCCAGUGGAAAAUGCACAGCCCAAUUCCCUGUGCCGGGACCAGCCUCUCUCGGGUUGACGACGUUUUGGCCACCCUCCAAGUCUCGAACCACAAGUGCAAGAUCAUGUAUUACUACGAGGUGCUUCCAUCCAAAGAGUUCAGGGGCUCCAUGUCAAGUCUGGAAUCGUGCAACAGUGGAUUUUCUCAGCUCAGUGGAGCGACGACAUCUUCCAACCAAUCUCAGAGCAGCUCUCUGGUUUCAAGAUAACGUCAACGUUCACAAAUAACGCCUGCAGAGCAUUGAAAUCCUGGGCCUAGCCGCUGCCUCCAGGUCUGCCCCAUGGACUGAACCCAACGUGGCUGGAUGGGAGUGCCUAGGGGUGGCCAUCUGUGAGACCACAAGGUGGGGUGUGUGUGUGUGUGACCAUUUGGACAUCAAGACAUUUCUGGGGAGCUGCUUGAACUCCUGGGUGUUCAAGAAUAGACUUACGGCUUCAAAGUCUUGGAGACUGGCUUUCCUGGAUUCUGCGUGAACCGAUCUGUGCAUCAGAAUGCAUAUCACUUUUGCAUGUCUUUUACAGAAUUCCUAUGGUUGAAGGGCUUUUUCCAGUCAGCAUAACUCAACAUCAUUGCCGAGCUUAUCUGACGUUGCCUUACCUGUUAGGACCUGUAGAGCUGUCUUCGUGUAGCAAAAACUAGUCUAGUUUCUCGGGGCAUCGGCAGUGCCAUUUAUGUUUUAACCAGGUGCCAAAGGUGUCUUGGACACAGAGAUGAGACACAAACGGCUUCUGCGUACAUAACGGUGGGCGGGCGGGGAAUGUCUCCAGGUUGCUUAAACUAGGAAAAUUUAUCUUGGAUGUUAGAUACCUGGAUAAUGUUAAGCUAACAUGCUUUGGCAUCCCUGAGAAAACGCACGCGUGUGUGCGCGCACACACGCACACACACACGCACACACACACACAUUUCUGCACUGAAACAGCUUCUUUCUGAAAGGAGUAAGCACUGAUUUUCCCCACCCUUUUUUUCUCAGGUCUAUGAGCAAUAAAUGAAUAGAUCUCUGCCUGGUCCCUUUCUCAGGGCAGGGGAAGAGUUUCAUUAUAAAGGGCUAAGCAAAGCAAUAUUUAAUUUCUACAGGCACAAAACUCUUCCACAGUGUAGAAGAAGCUGUUUUUGAGGGUAGGAGCUAGUUUAAGUUGGGUUGGGCACUUUAAAAGUCUGUGCGUGUGUGACUGUGUGUGUAAUUUAAACUCUUAGGACAUAUAUAUAUAUAUAUAUAUAUAUUCAAACCAUAUUAAUGCUUAAAUUAAUAACUUAUUUGUAUCAUUUUAUAGGUACAACCAAUGUAUUUAUUAUGGAACCUGCCCGAUCUUUUGUGUGCUCAACUCUUUGGGCUGGAAAGGGGGAUUUGAAUAACCUUCAGCUUUAUCCUGGUUCAUUGAUACCUGGGCUCAUUGCGGGAUAUAUUUGGAGCACAGAGGUCUGGGUAACACAAAAUUUAACUGCACAGGUCCGCCCUUGAAUCGAAGGGUCUGAUUUUUAUAAGCUGUGGCCCACUUUCUAACCAGAGAGCUGCUCCAGCAAAUAAGGCCUUAAAUGAUCAAGGACUCUUACUUUGUACAUUUUUGAUGUUCUGAAAAGAUUGCAUCAGCGUCGGGAUAUCAGAGGAGUGGGCCUGUUUUUAGAGAACUGAGGAUUUUGUGAAAUGAUAUAGACAGAAGCACUAGGUGUUGAGAUGCUUCUGACUAGGCACAAACAGUGGGUUCUCCUUGCAGCAGGGACUGUCGAAGCACCCACCCAUUCCAAGAGUCGGAGAGAAUGUGGUGAGCUGGCAUCUCCCCACCUUCCACCCCUUCCCAGCAGCGAACAGUGUGUGCUGUUCUUUCCUCCCCAGUUCACCCCCUUGGCUGCCCCAGCGAUGUCCAACUUCAACAUCAUUACCAUUAUUUCCCUUCCUGGUCGCACAUAGAGUGCACCUCUCUCUGCAGGCCUCUCCCUCUGCUCCAGCGGUUCCUUUUCCCGCUUCUCCCUGGAUCCUCCCCCUCUUCCUCAAUAGAAGGUGUUAGUAAAGUUAGUAAACUACCACCAUGGCUGGUUUCCUCCUCCGGCUUGUGGCAUUUUAAAAAGCCAGAAGAGAAGGUGGUGAUCAGCGUGCUGGGCUUGGGCAUCUCUGCUCCAGCCAGCCUGCUCCCUUUCCUCCUCCAUGUUUGUUCCCUUCCCCUCUGGCCUUUGAAAAUGCAGGAGGCGAGAGCCAGGAGGAAGAGGAGAGCAGCUGGCCUUGUGGUAGCAAGCAUGACUUGUCCUCUUAGCUAAGCAGGGUCUACCCUGGGUGCAUUUAAAUGGGGGACCACAUGUAAGCACUGUAACAUAUUCCCCUUAAGGGAUGGAGCCGCUCUGGGAAGAGCAUCUCAGUUCCAAGUUCCCUCCCUGGCAGCAUCUCCAAGAUAGGGCUGAGAGAGACUCCUGUCUGCAACCCUGGAGAAGCCACUUCCAGUCUGUGAAGACAAUACUGAGCUAGAUGGACGAAGGGUCUGACUCAGUAUAUGGCAGCUUCCUAUGUUCCUGUGUAAGGUUGGGAGGGAGGUGCUGGGAGGCAGCGGUUCCGUGGAGGCAGGCUGGCAAGUAGUCCCCUCACCUUUGCUAGUCCACUCCCUGUGGCCCCUGCCACGCCCACCUUUGUUAGCAGGCCAGCCCUCCUUUUUAAGGUUUUAUUUCUCGCUUCGCCUGAUUAGGAAGGGGUACCUCCCAUAAGUCAGGGAUUGGGCUCGAUGCCAGAUCCCUUGGCUUGCUACUGUGUGUGUGUUUUAAAAGGUCAUUGCAUGGCUGGGGAGAAAAGAGGGACGAUGGGGGAGUUGCUGCAAAGUGCGUCACGGGGCUGAUCUUCCUCUGUGCAGCAGGACUGCAGGGGAUUGGCUGUCCCAGCUUGUCUUGGAAGCCGAAUGCCAGGCAGUGCUUUUGAGAUGCUGGCCGCGACCUUUAAGUAGCCGUCUGGGCUGCUUUGUUUUCGGGCAGGACUGGAUGUGUUACGUGCAGUGGUGUGCAACUUUCUCCCCAGUUUCUUUUUAAUAGGAAAAACUGCUGGGGGCUCCAGUUUUGAGCAGGAAUGCAGCCAGUGGAGAAAAUUAAGCGCACACCUAUCUCGCCCCUUUUCAACUUCCAGCAGCAGCCUGCGGAGGAUCUCAAGAUUGAGAUGGGUGGGGAUCGGCUGUGAAUGUGGAUACUUCCAGGAAUGGUGGCUUAUAUAUAUAUAUGUUGAUAUGAAAAGGGCUAAGUUUCCUCUCUUUCCCCUUUGCUUGAACAUUGGAAAUGAACAGAUUGUGAUUCUGUUUGCUGAAUGACAAUCCAGAGUUUGAGCAGUGAGUCUGUUGUGAUUGUAUAAAGCAGGGCUCAUUCAAAAAGCCUGUGUUUCAUUGGAGACGUCAGGCCCGUGGAUCCAUCUAGUUGAGUUGCAUGGCAGCCGUUCUCCAGGGUUUCAGAGAGGGCUUCCUGAUAGAUACCUGGAGAUUGCCAGGGGUCUCCUGCGUGGCCUCCUGUUGAGCUACAGCCCCCUUCCCAACAUAUGAGGUGCUUUUGCUGGGCCACGAGUUUCCUGCACUCACCAGAGUCAGGAUUGCUGCACCAGGACUCCGUGAAUUGGUUUGGCCAAGUGCAGUGCUACUGCUGCGGCUUUGUAGUUCCCAUUUAAUCAGCUCUCAAAUUGACCCCAGUGUUUGAGGCAUUGGAUACUUUUGCACAUUAAACAGAUGUGGGAGAGAAAAACCCCCAAUGAAUAGGCCAGGAAGGGACAACUGGUAGUGAAUAUUCAGGUUAAGUGGCUGUAUACACACACUUGCAGAUGCAGGACUGCAGGGUUUGUGUGAUCAACCUGAGAAGUGGUUGAGUUCAGCAUGACUGUGUGAGAUGGCCCCUACAUCUGGGGCGGAGGCUACACAAACCCAGAAGCCACCCAGCUCAGAUGUGAAACUGACUCAAAUCUAACAUCCCCCAACCUUUUUUGCUUGUCCCCUUCCAUGUAACAGGUACAGUUUCUGCCAAACUAUAUAGCACAGCUCCCAUGGGUCACAGUAGCCUUGGCAGUGGGCAGUAGCUAGAAAAGGAUUACACUAUACUGAAAUCACAGUACAAAUUCUGCAGAUGUGGGGCUGCAGAUUUUGUGCGAUCAGUCUGAGAAGUGAUUGAGUUCAGUGUGAUCGGAUGAUGCGAUAUGCUUCUCCUCUCCUUGGAAACCUCCUCCUCCCCCCACAACUUAGUAUUUUUUGGUAAUUGCAGGGAGAUGGGCAUGGAUAUUAACCUCUCCUCCUGAUCACUGGAAGUUCUGCCAGAUUCCCCUCUGGUACCAGAGCCUUUAAAAAACCAAAACCAUUGCCCAUCUACAGUUCUAGUCCUUCAGGCUAAACCAUGAGGGCUAAGAUCAUGGAUUUUGCAAAUGCCAGUGAAGAGUUUUGAGAAGGAAGCAUGUGCAUUUUCAUACAGAGCAGAACCCUUCCCCCCUCCUUUUAAAAAGGGCUAAGAUCACCAGCCACUUUAGUACUUGGUUACUUAAAUGUUUGGCUUCUUCCAGUGUUUGAGGCAUGCUUGUAAUGCAUUGCUGGAAGAGGGAAGUGAUGGUUAUAAAGUUGUUAACGGUGAAAAGGGUUUGAGCCACAUGUGUGACUGCUGUUUGUUUUCAAUAGCUUCCUUUUUGCACUUUACUAUGCAGAAGCAUAGGUGUAGGCACACACAUUUGCAUCCUUUGAUUUGGGUUUCCUGCAGAACUGGCAAAACAAGCCUAUUCCACAGUAGCUUAAAUUUGGGUUGGGGACAGGUUGAGAUGCCAGGACAUCCUGAUACUCGGAUUAACAAUUGGUUUUCACUAGAGAACCAUUAUGAGGAAAGAACUGGCAGGGGGCGGGGUGUCCCUCAUCAUCCCUCAAAUGGACAGCAAGCAAGUGUACGUCCCUCUGAGGGACCAAAUAGUAUAUCUUUGGGGGCUGCUUCUAACCUGUGGACCACCAUUUGCUAAUCAUUAUCUUAAAGUGUGCAGAUAUUCACUAUGUUGAACUCAGGUGCCAUAUAUAACACCACUGGUUGAUUUUUUUAAAUGGAUUUCUUUUCCUUCCUUCUUGUGCUAAUUGGUCGACCCAUUAUACUGUGACCUCCUCUGUGCUAAUACUGAUAAUAAUGUAGAUAGUAACCCAGUUCUGCAUGGCCUAGGGCAAAAGCUUAUCUUAAGGGCCUUUUGCAGAGAUUUUGCAAGUAGCACAUUAACCUCGCCAUAGACUUGCAAGAGCUGCUAAAACCCUCCCCAAAGGGUGACUUUCGGGUACUGACGAGGGUUAAACUGCGGUGUGUGAUGACAAAUCACUUUAGUGGCACUUAGUGCCUGAGCUGCUUUAAAGGGCAUUCUGAAAAAGCAAACAGAAAAGCUAAUACUGCUUUUUUUUUUUUUAAAGAAAAGAUUCAUUUCUGUCAGCAAAAAAAACAAAACACAAAAAACUCUAGAGGUUUUCAGGUCACUGUAUGCAUGUUGGUGAUGAGCAAAUGUGAUGUUGAAGCUAUGUUUUGGACGUGUCCUUUGGAAGCUGGAUGUUACUAUUUCUGAUCUCUGUUUGCUGUAACAUAAAAAAUAAAGUAAUAUGGGCUGGUUGCA